CAAGGAGAAAUGCUUCCGGGUCAUUUUGAGAGCCAACAUUGCACGUUUUUGGUGAAAAGGCAGAAGAAAAUAAGUAAAGAUGGGUAUCUUGGAAAAGAUCGCCGAGAUUGAGGCCGAGAUGAAUCGGACCCAGAAAAACAAAGCUACUAUGGGUCAUUUAGGUUUGCUGAAGGCUCGGCUUGCCAAACUACGACGAGAGCUAAUUGAGCCUAAAGGAGGUGGUGGAGGAGCAGGGGAGGGAUUCGAUGUGGCCAAGACUGGAGAUGCCAGGAUAGGAUUUGUAGGGUUCCCAUCCGUGGGUAAGUCAACCCUACUUAGUAACCUGGCUGGAGUUUAUUCAGAAGUGGCUGCCUAUGAGUUCACCACACUUACAACAGUACCUGGUGUCAUCAGGUACAAAGGAGCCAAAGUACAGCUGCUGGAUUUGCCUGGUAUUAUUGAAGGUGCUAAAGACGGAAAAGGUCGAGGAAAACAGGUGAUAGCCGUUGCCAGAACAGCAGGGUUAAUUUUUAUAGUACUUGAUGUGCUGAAACCUUUACAACACAAAAACCUUAUAGAAAAGGAAUUGGAGGGGUUUGGUAUCCGACUCAACAAGGAACCACCACAAAUUGGAUUCAAGAGGAAGGAUAAAGGAGGCAUCAACUUGCAAACAUUGGUUACACAGAGUGAGUUGGACCUUGAUUUAGUAAAGACAAUUCUGAACGAAUAUAAGAUCCACAAUGCCGACAUUGUCCUCCGAGUUGAUUCCACGUCAGAAGAACUCAUUGAUAUGAUAGAAGGAAAUCGGGUCUACAUCCCCUGCAUAUACCUGCUCAACAAAAUAGACCAAAUUUCCAUUGAGGAGUUAGAAGUUAUUUACAAAAUACCUCACUGUGUGCCGAUAUCAGCCCAUCACAAGUGGAACUUUGACGACCUCCUGGAGAAGAUGUGGAACUACCUCGGCCUUACCAGAAUAUACACCAAACCUAAAGGACAGUUGCCAGAUUACACCUCGCCAGUUGUUUUAAAAGAUGGGAAGAGUUCAAUUGAAGAAUUUGCCAACAAACUCCACAGAAGUUUACUGAAAGAAUUCAAAUAUGCAUUGGUGUGGGGAUCAUCAGUAAGGCAUCAACCUCAGAAAGUUGGAAAGGAUCAUAUUCUAAAUGACGAAGAUGUGGUCCAAAUUGUGAAAAAAGUCUGAGAUUGACUGUUACCUGUUCCUGAGUUAUUGACUGCUCCACAUCAAAGAAGGAAAUCUACAGCAUCUGGUGAAAUUCAUAAUUCUUGGAUUUCCUUGGAAAAUUAAAAUUGCUGAUACAUUGGUUAUAGUCGGAAGAUUACAGACCGUUACACAUUAGAAUGUGUUUGUUAACAAAAACACCGACAGAUAGGUUCAUGUGAAUUUGCUGAGAUAUCAAGAUGGAAAUGGAUUCCUAAAUUUUAUUUUUACUAAAAUAUAAAUGUAGAGAUGAAUUCACGAACAAUACUGAAGUAUGCAUCUACAUUGAAGGAUGAAUUCAUUUGAAUUUACUGUAGCAUCUAUGUACGAUUGAUUCAUGUGAAUUUACUGGAAUAUUUACAUAGAUAUAUAAUAACACAAUAAUAUAGUGAUUGAUUCAUGUGAAUUUACAAAAAUUACAACAUGGAGGAAUGGAUUUAUGUGAAUUUACUGAAACAUCUACAUUGAGGAAUGGAUUUAUGUGAAUUUACUGAAACAUCUACAUGAAGAUUUGGAGUAAUGUGACUUUUGUAAAAUAUCAGCUGUAACAGUUGAAGUUGUACUUAUUGGUAUCAGAAGGACAAAAAUUCUGUAUUGACAUUGAAUUUGAAGAAUCAGAAUCUGUUUCUUCAAAAAGUGAACUUUACCCCCAUUAAAAUGCUUCAAGUUUUACA